AUGCGAUUGUUAGUGUUGGCAGUGAGUUUGGUGGUGUUGCUUCAUGCGGAAGUUGAAGCUAAUCCACGUUUUGACGGAUAUACCUACACUACACCUGCUGAUGAUGGGUAUCGUUAUCCGAAACCGUCCUGUGGUUUGCCGGAACCUUGCUUCCCAAAGACGAGUACAGUUACCGUUCCAACCAUCAUCACCAAGACGGAUUUCCGUACGUCUACUGAGUACCGGACGCAGAUAGUCCCUACGACGACUGUAGUCACUAGUCGUAGUACCGCUUUCUCCACGAAGGUAGUUACGGACGUUGUCACGGAAACGUUGCCACCGGUCACUUCGACUAGAACGGCUACCCGUACCAACACCGUUACCUCGCGCCUAACGGAAACGGCUUUCUUUACCGAAACGGAGCGAGAAACGGAAACGCGAACCAACACGAUCACACAAACCAAAACGGCCACCUCGACGAAGAUCGUACCAACAACGACGGUGCGUACGGUGACCACAACACAGCCACCGGUCGUGGUGACAGAUACCGUGACCGAAAGGAUUACAUCGACCCGUACCAACACGCUGACCCGCACGAACACCGUUACCUCGACCGUGGUUGAACCAACGCCCGUUUAUGAGUACUUCACCGAAACGCAAACACUCACCGUUACCAAGACGACGGCCACACCGGUGCUGACUACUGUUACCCGUACGCAAACCGUACCCGUGGUUACGACCAUUACGGAACCUUGCACACCCGAUCGAGCUUAUCUGCCGGCACAGGCAACUUGUCCCCCAACGAACGAGUACCUGCCACCGCGACCAGUGACACCACCGAUAGAUUAUCUGCCACCACCGAAGAAGGACGUUUCGUAUUUGCUGUCAAGAAAGAAUUUGUUCCAGCUAAUCUAG